AUGACGAGAGACACAGCUGGCAGCGCUCGCGGCUGCACCUCCGAUGGCCUCGAAGCCGAGAUUCUGGCUGCGCUCUGGAAGGAAGUGCCGUUCCCGCGACUGCCAUCCGAUGCGCCGCCCGAGCUGAAAGACUUUGUCAUCGCAAUCGAGAACCCGAAAAGACUCUACACCAUACAGCGUGCCAUCCGUCGUCAUGACCUGCAACUCCUCAUCGAGAAGUUUGUAGUUCAGCUACGACAUGGCUGUGGCCUCGACGAUUGUCGGACUGCGUCAUGCUUCAGCUGCCGCAGACGUUUGGCUGGCAAGGCUCCCGUCCGAAGAUACAAUCCCACGAGUGCUCGAACUCUAGCGGUACAUCUAGCGUCCCAAGACAACCCUGAACAGUACCUUUGCCCGAAUCUCGACUCUCGCAGUUGCAAUGACGCUACGAGAUCUCUGAUCUUUGCGCCCAAGCUGCACUCGACAGGUCCCAAAGUUGGUGAUGGGCGGAAAGCAAAGAGGGCGAAUGGCCGUGGGCGAAGCCUGUCACCAGACUCUAGAAGUAGAAUCCGGCGCCAUCUGCCUCCCGGUCUCGAAGCCACAACGCAUCAAGAUGCACGGCAUCCUAAUGAAAGCCCAGCACCAACGAGCCGGAUUCGAAACCAGCAGGACUCCAAUGGCUCGAGAUAUGGUGAUACAGAAGCUGGAAAUGCCCUUUCAGCGACUAACAACCCAGAUCUGACCAUCUCAAUCAACGAAAGGCCUGUUCGUAAGGAUUACCGCUCAUUUGCUGCCAACGUGUUUGGGUCUGUCGCGUUUAAGAUGCUCGAGUGGCUGGCACCGAACAACUUGCAGACCAUAUCUGAAAACAGCGCUGCUGCUCUUGAAGAUAGAUGGCCCAAUGCCAGCACUGAGCCGUCUACAGCAGAUGAUUCAGACGACGAGUUAUUUGUGCCAUCGGCAUCUUCAAAUGACCCAAACGAUUCAAAUACAUCAGUGGAGCGCGACCCAGACGGAGAGAACGUACACGAAUCUGAGACCAUCGUGGCUCAUGCAAAACUCGACCAAGAUUCACCAUCUGUUGCCACCAGGCCAAGGGCUACGUCCUUGAGUGGUAAUUCCAACUCCAGCGCUCGGCCGGUGCAUCCAAGAACACACUCGCACCCUCGUCUACGGCCAUCGCCCGUUAAGCACCGGCCGUUGGCGGCGGAGGAUAUCCCUGAAGCCGCGAUAGAUUAUGCUCUUGGCGGAUCUGAGUCCCCUUUAUCUCCUAGGUCACCGGGCCGUAAACAUCCCCAAUCCUCGGCCAAGGCUUCUUCAGUGGCAGCUCAACCACGUUCCAAUGAUCGAUUGAACGAUGUAGCUCACGGCGCACAAACCCCAUCUCUAUCUGAAAUUGAUGCAUACAACGACUUGAGAGGACCACUGCUCUACUCAAAGGCUUCCCAGAAGGCUACCUCAAACAAUGGCGACGUUGUUCCAUCAGCAAAUGGAUACUCUACUUCUCGGGAAUCUAGCGCUGAUACGGAAGACCUUGAUGCAAGACCCGAUGCCGACUUCCUUCCUCAGUCUAUAUCUCGACUCAAUAAGGAUAUUACAAACCUCUUCUGUGAUGUGUUGGAGCAAGACAGCAGUGUAGAAGAACACAUGCUCGUAGGAAGCGUGGGCAGUCGUCCAGUCCUGAAAAGGCGAAGUCCCACCCACAAAUCAUAUCCUCGUCUUCUCAAGCUUGAGUGGAAGCUAUUCAUUGAGCAAAGCGUCUAUAAUGUUCUCAGUGACCCAAACGCCGUCCUCGAAUCUUUCACAACGCCCGGCGGUCUUAUGGAAUCUCAGACACUAUUCUAUCACAUGUUGCGUCUAACCAGAGCUACCCCGAGUCUGGUAUUUGAUAGUCUAUGGCAAGCUUCUGAAAGCCUGUUUGCACCUCCAAGCGCUCUGAGAUCAGCAGAGCCACAACUCUCUGGCUUGGCCAAAACUGUGACAUCACUGUCUAACAAGGAAGCUGGUUUCUUGAUAUCCAUCUGUUUGCAUGCUCUCGUCGCUGCAGCUCCUUUGGUCAGUAACGCAACAUGCUUGUUCGACAUGUCAAGGAUUAGAUCUCGGGGGUUAACCCUAUCCGAAUAUGGUUUUGUUGUUCGACAUGGCUACUCUCUUUGUCUACAAUACGAAGAUGCGUUCACAAAUGACAUGGCGCUGCGACUGGCGCGCAGGGUGCUGGCAGCAAUCCCAACACGGCGAUAUUUCGAUGAGCUCGUUAAGUUUGACAUGGAUCCAGAAGAUGCAAUGCAUAGCACAGAUGUCCUUGACAUCGUGCUGUCUCACCUUGAACCAGGGAGAGAAAUGCAUCCAUCUGGUGAUUUUUCAUUGGAAGAACGAGAGGUACACGAAAAGCGGAUGCCUAUCCUGCUUCUCGACUGGGCACGUACGAUCAUGUUGAAUGAGUGGCAAGGAAGGCCAGACGUCCCCGGUGAUGGCCCUUUUGGUGGUGCGCUUGCACUCAUUGCGGCCAUACACCAAAAGCGGAAGUCACUUCUCCUAGGCGAUGCCAUCUUCCGCAUUGAAUAUUUCAGCGAUCGUCUUGACUCAAUUGAGAUGCCUGUUACCUGGCUAGAAUACGACUCGACCCGGCGAGCGGCACAUUUACUCGAUUAUCCGUACAUAUUUCCAAACUCAUCCCUGGUGUCGUAUUUUCGAGCCAUCAAUUUCUCACGCAUGAGCCGGUCAUAUGAAGAGUCUAGUUCGCUGCAGACGCGAAUCAGCUCGAUAAUAGCUAUGGACAGUCUUGUGACAGAUGGACAUCAAAAGGGCGUUCUCCAGGACAUGCUCAAGGUUGCUUCAUCCAAGUUCUUGAUCUUGGACAUUGGUCGUAAGACGAUCCUGCGCGACGCGUUUGAUCAAUUGUGGAGGAGGCAGGAACGAGAACUGCUCAGGCCGUUGAAGGUCCACCUAGGCGAGGAUGCUGGAGAAGAGGGCUUCGACUCUGGCGGCGUUCAGCAAGAAUUUUUCAGACUGGCCCUUGCAGAAGCGUUGAACCCGGACUAUGGCGGCUUCACAGUCGAUGACAGAACCCGAAUGACAUGGUUCCAGCCCGGGUCAUUGCAGCCAGAAUGGAAAUUCGAGCUUAUUGGCUUGCUCGUGUCUAUCGCCGUGUUCAAUGGUCUCACAUUGCCGAUCACAUUUCCGAAAGCUUUGUACAUGAAGAUUCUUGGCGAGCCGGUGACGGAAUUACACCAUAUUUCGGACGGCUGGCCCGAUCUUGCCAAUGGUCUCACAAGUCUCCUCGAGUGGGAUGAGGCAGAUGGUACUGUCGAUGAUAUUUUUGCCCGCACUUAUGAGUUCUCGGUCAACAUGCUUGAACAGCCCGUCUCACGGGAAAUGGAUUCGUCCAAAAGCAUCACUUGGCCACAAUUCUCGGGUGCCAGCGUUGCAACACUGGCAUCGGAAAAUCCCGAGGAUGCGCCUCUUGUGACCGCAGACAAUCGCGAAGCCUACGUCAGCGACUAUAUUCGCUACCUCACAGACGUCAGCGUUGCACCGCAAUACGAGGCUUUUGCCCGCGGCUUUCGAACUUGUCUCCUCCCAAAGUCCUUGCAACUCCUCACACCACAAUUAUUGCAGUCUAUUGUGGAAGGAGUGCAGGAAAUUGAUAUCAAUGAGCUUCGCCGGGCUGCACGAUACGAGGGUUGGGACGCUACUCAUCGCACAAUCCGCGACUUCUGGAGUAUCGUCAAGCGCUAUGACGAGAACAAGAAACGCAAGCUGCUCGAGUUUGUGACAGCCAGCGAUCGUGUACCGGUCGGCGGCAUGCGCAACAUCAAGUUUGUCAUCCAAAAGAACGGUGCCGCUGAGGGUAAGCAUGGCCGCCUGCCGUCUGCCUACACGUGCUAUGGCAUCUUACUGUUGCCCGAGUACCAAGACAAGGAGACUCUUAGAGAGAGACUGGGAUUUGCCUUGGAAAACACUCAAGGUUUUGGUCUUGCCUAG